ACAGAGGAGUAAUGCGCAUGCGCACAGGAUGUAAACACGGCAGCAUGGCAGCGCGAGGAAAAGACAGGAUAUUGAAGAUAAAGACUCCAGAGCAGGUUUUAUGAACUAAUGGAGUCGGUGAAGAAACAUCUGAGCGAGUUUUCACUGGAGGCUCAUGAUCUGUAUCUGAGCCAAUCAGUUCCGUACCUGGAGCAGCCACCUGAUCCGCUGCACUUCUACCGCGACUGGAUUGGUCCAAACAAACCCUGCAUCAUCCGCAAUGCUGUCAGCCAUUGGCCGGCUCUGUCCAGGUGGACGCCAGAGUACCUGAGGGAGAAGGUGGGGUCAAAGGUCAUCAGUGUGGCGGUGACUCCGAAUGGUUACGCGGACGCAGUGAGCGGUGAUCGAUUCGUGAUGCCUGAAGAGAGACAGAUGACUUUCUCUGCUGUUCUCGACAUCAUAGAGGGGAAGGGGGAGCACUCCGGUGUGUUCUACGUUCAGAAGCAGUGCUCGAACCUGCUGGAGGAGCUGCCGGAGCUCGGGGCCGACGUGGAGCCUCACGUCCCCUGGAUGAGCGCCGCGCUCGGAAAGUUACCUGAUGCUGUGAACUUCUGGUUCGGAGAAGAGAACGCCGUCACCUCCAUGCACAAAGAUCACUAUGAGAAUCUCUACUGUGUGAUCUCUGGAGAGAAGAACUUCAUCCUGCUGCCGCCCACUGACCGACCCUCCAUCCCUUAUGGUGUUUACCAGCCGGCGGUUUAUCACCAAGGAGACGACGGCGAGUUCGAGGUCAUCGAUCAGAGCGACUCGGAGAAGGUCCCAUGGAUCCCACUGGACCCUCUGGACCCGGACCUGGAGCGGUACCCUCAGUACCGCAGGGCUCGGCCGGUCCGCUGCUGCGUGAAGGCCGGAGAGAUGCUGUACCUGCCGUCGCUGUGGUUCCACCACGUCCGGCAGUCACACGGCUGCAUCGCAGUGAACUUCUGGUACGACAUGGAGUACGACAUCAAGUACAACUACUUCCACCUGCUGGAGACGCUGUGUGAGGUCACAGGGGGGACGUGACAUCACAACAGCUGCAUGAUGUCACAUUGAUGACAACACAGGUUUAGUGUCAAAAUGAAACGUAGUGAAAUAAUGAAAAUGAGCUGGUUGUGGUGCUGCAGCUAAUUGAUGAUUAAAAUCACAACAUGAAA